CCAUCUUGCCUUGAGCUUGAGAGAAGAGAGAAGGAACGCGAGACACUGGUCUCAGGGCCGCCCCGGGGGCCUCAAGAGCCGGAGGCUCCCGCGGGGAGACACGCCAAAGGAGGAGACCAGGGAAUGGCCGCGGUGUGGCAGCAAGUCUUAGCAGUGGACGCGAGGUACAACGCCUACCGCACACCAACGUUUCCACAGUUUCGGACCCAGUAUAUCCGCCGGCGCAGCCAGCUGCUGCGGGAGAAUGCCAAGGCUGGACACCCCCCAGCACUGCGUAGGCAAUACCUGAGGCUACGGGGCCAGCUAUUGGGCCAGCGAUACGGACCACUCUCUGAGCCAGGCAGUGCUCGUGCCUAUAGCAACAGCAUUAUCCGCAGCAGCCGCACUACCCUUGACAGAAUGGAGGACUUUGAGGAUGAUCCUCGAGCCCUGGGGGCACGAGGGCACCGCCGUUCUGUUAGCCGAGGCUCCUACCAGCUGCAAGCACAGAUGAACCGUGCAGUCUAUGAGGACAGGCCUCCCGGCAGUGUUGUGCCUACAUCGGUGGCAGAGGCAAGUCGGGCCAUGGCUGGGGACACGUCGCUGAGUGAGAACUAUGCCUUUGCGGGCAUGUACCAUGUUUUUGACCAGCAUGUGGACGAGGCAGUCCCAAGGGUGCGCUUCGCCAAUGAUGACCGUCACCGCCUGGCCUGCUGCUCACUGGAUGGCAGCAUCUCCUUGUGCCAGUUGGUGCCUGCCCCACCCACCGUGCUCCGUGUGCUGCGGGGUCACACCCGUGGUGUCUCUGACUUCGCCUGGUCCCUCUCCAAUGACAUCCUUGUGUCCACCUCCCUCGAUGCCACCAUGCGUAUCUGGGCCUCCGAGGACGGCCGCUGCAUCCGGGAAAUCCCUGACCCUGAUGGCGCUGAACUACUGUGCUGCACCUUCCAGCCUGUGAACAACAACCUCACUGUGGUAGGGAAUGCCAAGCACAAUGUGCAUGUCAUGAACAUCUCCACAGGCAAGAAAGUGAAGGGUGGCUCUAGCAAGCUGACAGGCCGCGUCCUUGCUCUGUCCUUUGAUGCCCCUGGCCGGCUACUCUGGGCAGGUGAUGACCGCGGCAGUGUCUUCUCCUUUCUCUUCGACAUGGCCACAGGGAAACUGACCAAAGCCAAGCGGUUGGUGGUGCAUGAGGGCAGCCCUGUGACCAGCAUCUCUGCCCGCUCCUGGGUUAGCCGUGAGGCCCGAGACCCCUCGCUGCUCAUCAAUGCUUGUCUCAACAAGCUGCUGCUCUAUAGGGUGGUGGACAAUGAAGGGACCCUACAGCUGAAGAGAAGCUUUCCCAUUGAACAGAGUUCACACCCUGUGCGUAGCAUCUUCUGCCCCCUCAUGUCGUUCCGCCAGGGGGCCUGUGUAGUGACAGGCAGUGAGGAUAUGUGCGUGCACUUCUUUGAUGUGGAGCGGGCGGCCAAGGCUGCUGUCAACAAGCUGCAGGGCCAUAGCGCACCUGUGCUUGAUGUCAGCUUCAACUGCGACGAGAGUCUGCUGGCCUCCAGUGACGCCAGUGGCAUGGUCAUCGUCUGGAGAAGGGAGCAAAAGUAGGGUCUUGCCAGUCCUGCAUUACCCACUGUCCCUUCUUCCCUCCUCCAUCCUAGGCUCGUGCUGUAAAUAAAGUUUUUGUGGUUGUGUUAAGGGCCCACUCCCAGGAGGAGGCACCAGGGGAGCUCUGGGGCCUACAAUGCAAUGAGGGUCUCUUAUUCAUGCGGUAAUGUGUUCAUCCAUUCACCAAGCACUUACUGAAUAUCUGCUGUACCACAGUGUUUGACCCAGUCAUGCACUCAACAGACAGUAUUGAGCACCAGCUGCGUGCCAGAAGCUGUUCUAUGACCUCAACUGAGAAAUCCCUGCUUUUGUGGACUUGCAUCCUAGUGGAAGCAAGCACACAUUAGACAAAGGUGCACCUGUCCUGACUCAGAAUCCACCUGAAAAUUUUGCAACUUGACAACUUUUUGACUUUCUGACGGUGCAGAAGCAUACCCUCUACCAGUCUUGUGUUUCCACUUCUCGUAAGGUAUUCAAUAAAUACACUAGCUAGUGAACACUUUGUUAUAAAAUAGACUUCUGUUAGAUAAGUUUGCCUACCUGUAGGCUUAAUGUUAGUGUUCUCAGCAUAUUUAAAGUAGGCUAAGCUAAGGUGUUUGGUAGGGCAUAUAAAGUACAUUUUCAACUUAGGAUAGUUUCAACUUAAAAUGAGUUUAUUGGGACAUGACUAUGGCAUACAUCAAGGAGCAUCUGUGUGUCAUAGGGUUAGCGAAAGAUGAGUGGUGUGAAGAAAAGCAAAAGGAGAAAAGCAAAUAGAGUUCCAGGAGUGGACAGGGGUUGGCUCUUGGUAAUGUCAUUGGAAAAGUAUUUUAGACAAGGUGACACUUUAAAGAAUCGUAGUGAAAUGAGGGAAGUCAGUGUGUGGGUAGAAGAACAUACUCGACACAGAAAAAAAGCAAGUGCAAAGGCACUGAGACUGGGAUGGCCAGAGAACCAUUGCCUAUGCCAGAGUGUGGCUGGACUGAGUAUGACAGGUGAGGUUGGGCCUGUGGUGAGGAUGUUGGCUUUCUUUUGUUUCCCCUGAGGGAGCAAAGGGUGUGGUCUGGCAGCAGUGGAGGAAUUGAGUGGGGAAUGCUGGGUUCUGCCCAAGGUUUUCCUCAUACUAGCCUGCAAAACCCUAACAGGAAAGCACCUGAUUGGGUCACACACUUGUCUGUGUUGGGUUUUCCACAAGCAGGCAGCAAAGGUGUUGAGCCCUUGGAGUGCCAAGCUAACAUGGGGACAGCCAUGGACCCUGAGGCUGAGCUAGGGAUUCUGCUAUGGGGUAGAGGCAAUGAGAAGACUUUAAGACCACCCUUGUCUCCUCCCAUAUCCACCAGGGUCCAAAUAUCAGCCAUGAAGCAACAGCUCAGAGAACAAACAGUAAUGGUCACUACUGGAAGAGAGCCCAAGUGAGGACAGGUCUCUUGGAUACUGGCAAGGGGAUAAAUCUACAAAUCCUUGUCCGUGGUCAGAAGUCCUAGGAAAUUUCAAAGUUACCAGAAAUGUCAGGGGCUGUUGCUACUACCAUUUUACUCCAGUUCCUUAUGCUGUCACAUAUGUAUCAAUUUGAACUGUGGCUAACAUCUUGGGACCUCAGGUCAAACCAGAGUCACAAGAAAUUCCAACCUGGUAGCCCAAUGUAGUUGAAAUGUGGAACUAACACCAGCAGUCUCUGAGCGAAGAAAUGAAAUUUCUGUUUAUUCAUUCUGUUGUGUAAUAGUGUGGUCACCUGUAGCCUCAAGCAUUUCUGGCCAGUACUUCCAUCAGACAGACCUUAGAUAAAGAAUGAUGAUAUUAGGAUAUCAGUGAGCUGGACUGGUCAUGUGGGAAAGAUUGUAUAUGUGUACUAGCAUUCCUAAUCCAGCUGCAGGUCCCACAAUUUCCAAAGAGGACUCAGAAAAGUCAGCAUCUGAUUGUAUUCAUGGUUGUAAUAGUACAGCCAAAAGAUCCAGGAAAGGGUUUGCAGUUCUAGGUAAGGGACAAUCUUUAGGGAGAUCUUGAGAUAACAGUUCAGACCUGCAUGUUGACUCUUCUGCACAGUAUACAACACCAAUAGAGACCCAGUUUCAACCAAGGUUUAGAUGGCAAGGUAAUUACGAGGAACCUCUGUUUUCUCUAACUUUCUUCUCAUACUCUCCAUGUUCUUUAUUGAGAUUGGAUUCCAGAUGAUUUAUCAUGAAUAUUGUUUUGCAUGAUUUUUCAAGGGUUUCCUCCAUGUGAACUUUUUGAAGUGAUAGAGUUGAUAUUCUACUUUAAAUUCACCUAGAUAAUACUUUUCUUUACUCAACCCAAGAAAAAAUACUGAACAAAUAAGAAAGAAUAAAAAAUAAUGUUAUUGGUCAA